AUGAAUGAAACAAAUGAACCAACUCGUAACGAAGAUAACACCUCAAGUGGCGAUCAAUCAUCAUCAUUACCAGCAACAUAUUCAUUUCCACCACUAUAUACAAGACAACCAAAUGUCAUGAUAAGGAAACAACAAAUUAACGCAUGGAUAGAUAUAAUCUUACAAUUCGCUCAAUUACAUAAAUACUGGAUCAUCUCACAGGAUGGGACCCCAGUAUCUUCUAAUUUGAGUAUAUUCAAUAAUGAAUCAAUACAAAGAUCUGUACCACAAGUAUUCAUAGAUGAAAUAUGGUCUCAAAUGAUACAAGAAAAGAAAGCAUUACCUGUACAAGAACAUCAUAAGAAUAUAAAUCAAUAUUUUAUACUAUGGAAAGAUAUUCAAUCUUGGGCUUCAAUAAUAUUACAAUGGUUUGAAGAUUUUAAUAAAUUGAAUCAAGUAGUUACCAUUUAUGAAUUGAGUCAAAGUGAUGAAACCAUGGAGUAUGAGUUCCAUCAAAUGCCUGAAUCAUUAUUGAAAGUUUGUUUAAAACCUCUUUGUAAAAGAAAUAGAGCAACUAUGUUAAAUGACGAACAUGGUACACCGAUUGCCAUCAAAGUCGUUUGA